UGAGCCCAUUCAAGGCAGGACUGAAAAUGUGUCACACCUUUCCCUGGGAGCCCAGCCCCAUUGCCAGGAAAGGCCUGACUGCUCCCCAGCUGAUCUCAUAAAAACACCCCAGACCUCCAGCAGCUCCAGGAGUCCGAACACCAGCCGUGGACCAAGGCCUUACAGGUGCCUGCAGCCAUGUUGGCCCUCAGCCUGCUCCUACUGGGUCUGCUCUCUGCAGUGGCACCUGCCAGCUGUCAACAAGGUCUGGGGAACCUUCAGCCCUGGAUGCAGGGCCUUAUUGCGGUGGCCGUGUUCCUGGUCCUUGUUGCGAUCGUCUUUGCUGUCAACCACUUCUGGUGCCAGGAAGAGCCGGAACCUGGGAGCAUGGUCAUGAUCGUUGGAAACAAGGCAGAUGGGGUCCUGGUGGGAAUGGACGGCAGAUACUCCUCAAUGGCGUCUGGUUUUAGGUCCAGUGAGCACAAGAAUGCCUUUGAGAAUGUUCUGGAGGAAGAGGACAGGGUCCGCAGCACACCCAUGUGACAAGCUCAUCGAUGGCCCCAGUCCCCAGGCUCUAGGGCACAUAGAGCUGGUGCCCACCACUUCACCCAGUCACUGCUCUUCAGGAAUCUAUUAACAGAAGCUGCCCCUCUCAUCUCUUUUGAAUCACAGCCAUCUCAGUCUAGGGCUCAGACCAAGCUGAGCACAGAAUGUGAUGUGGCUCCGGGGUCUUCCUGGGGUCUUCCACCCAAUUCUGAGGAGCCUUAUAAAGAGACACCCAGCUCAGCCCCCCUUUUCAACUCCCUCCUCCUGCAACCAUGGAAGUGACUCUUAUUUCUGGGAAAUAAAGACUUUUUAUACUUUCAGGGCAAAGGCUCAGA